UACAUGUACUUGAAGUUGAAAUAACUUAAAUCCAGUAACCUAAUUUUAUACGUACAAACUAACAUGCCGACUUUAUCAAAUUUUUUACGAACAAGAAAAUUAUUUUAUGAAUAUUCCAAGUUUUGUGUAAAUAAUAUAAUAUAUUCUCAAGUAAGACAAAUAACAAAAUUCUCAAAUAAACAAUUUAAUAGUGAUAAAAAUGUAGAAAACGAUUCACAUAACCUAGUCGAUUCAAUUAGUACUACUCAUAAAAUUUUUGAAGAUAAAAAUGCAGAUAUUAUUUUUGAUAUUAGUGAAAAACAAGAAAAAGUUAAUUUAGAAGAUUUAAUAAUUGAAGAACAUCACGAUCCUUAUGAAGGAAUAAAUUUAGAACUUACAGGUAGAUCGAAUAAGCAUAUGAAAGCACUUGCUUCUUUUGUUCGAAAAGUAUAUAAAUUAAAAAAAUAUAAAACAGAUAUAUUGGUAAAAAUUGAAGGGAAAAAUUCAAAAGAUUGGAUAGCUUUAGAUCUAGGAAAUAUUAUAUUGCAUAUUUUUUCACAUUCUGCUAGAUUAGAAUAUGAUUUAGAAACAUUAUGGUCAGUUGGACCUGAUUAUGAUGAUAAAAGUAAAAAUAUUACUGAAGAUAUUAUGGAACAAUAUAAUGAAUUUUUAUCUGAUUUAGAACCAAUUGAAAAUAAUAAUGAGAAUGGAAAAUGUGAAAUAUAAAAAAUGAUAAUUACA